AUGGCCGAUCCGCCGGCUGGAUCAGUGCCGGCAGCAGCCGGGUCUGUGCAGUCACCACCGCAACCACCGCCCCUGUUCAGCAUCUUCGCCCCGCGCCCUCCCUCGACCGCGUCCGUCUCCGCCGGCUCCACCACCUCGCGCCCCGCGCCAGCUCCAGCCGCCGCCGCCGCCGCCGAGCCCAGCGCCAGCUCGAUGGCCCGCGGUGCAGCAACGCAGCAGCGCGCCGUGUCGGCCUCGGCGCACAGCGCGACGGGCACCGAGACGCUCAGCCUCGUCGAGGACAGUGGGGCGAGCGAUGACGGGCUUUCGGGGCCAGAGGGCGGCGCGAAGCGUGGGAGGAGCGGCAAGGAGAAGGGCAAGGGCAAGGACGGGGCCAAGAAGGCGCGCAGGCCGAGGCGCGCGCAGGACGAGGGCGAGGACGAGGACGACGUCGUCGUGGUCGGCUCGUCGUCCAGGGCGCACAAGAACGGCAAGGGCAAGGCGGCGAGCACGUCGAGCAAGGCCAAGGGCAAGAAGCGCGCUGCGUCGCCGGCCGCCUCCGACUCGGACGACGACGCCGCCGGCAGCUCUGCACCCUCGACGCCUCGCACGCCGGUCAAGCGUCGCUCGACGACCCGCCGCAGCGCCGCCGCCUCGAAACACGACGCCGUCGUCGACCUCACCGAGUCGCCGCCGCGCAAAAAGAAGAAGAAGAAGGGCGACAAGGGCAAGGACAAGCCGGUCGGCGGCGCGAGCGGCAUCAUUACGGCCGGCCACGCCUUCUCGGACGAGCGUCGCGCCGCGCGCGACAAGGCCAAGAAGCGCGAGGCGCCCGAGGCGAGGUGGCCGACGCAGGAGGAGCACGAGGGCUGCGCGGCGGGCGCUGUCGCGGUCAGUCGCGGCGGCGAGUCGAGCGGCGCGGCGCAAGGUGCGUCGGACGCGAGGUGGGCGCGCCGCGAGGCCAAGGGCAAAGGGCGCGCCAUGGACGUCGACGACGAGGACGAGCCUGGCGGCACGUUCCUCGACGACCUGCACGCGGCGCUCGCGGGCCCGCUCGAGCCCAGCACGAGCGCCGCCGCCCCGCUCGCGCCCGUCUACUCGCGCCGCGCCCUCAGCCUCAUUCCCGACCUCCUUCCACCUUUUUCCCCUCACUCGCUCCUCGACCGCCUCGCCGCACCCAUGCGCAACGCGUCGUCAUCGACUUCGAGCCCGUCGACGUUCGUCCGCCCGACCGACCGCGACUACGAGCCGGGCGAGGACGACGUCAAGCUGUGGACGGCCAAGUACGGGCCGCAGAGCGCCGACGAGGUGCUCGGCGACGUGAGCGGGCAAAGCGCGAGGUGGCUCCGAGACUGGCUCGAGGAGCUGAAAGUGCAAGGAGCUGCCGGCGAUGCCGACGCGGCCAGGCGUCGUCGUCCAAUCGCGCGCGGGCUCAUCAAGCCCAAGAAGAAGGCCAAGAAGCGCAAGCCGUUCAACGACUUUAUCGCCUUGUCCGACGAUGAAGACGACGACGCACCCGCCACCUACCCGUCCUCGUCCUACGACGCUCGCGCGUCCGACUUUGGCGACGACGACGACGACGACGACGACCUCCUCCUCCUCCCGUCCUCCUCAGCCUCUCGCCGCGCCGGCUCCGUCUUCCCCAACCUCACCAACCUCAUCCUCCUCCACGGCCCACAUGGCACGGGCAAGAGCGCCGCCGUUCACGCUGUCGCGAGCGAGCUCAACUUCGAGGUGUUCGAGGUCUUUCCCGGCAUGGGUCGGCGCAGCGCUAAGGACCUCGAGCGCUACGUCGGCGACGUCGGCCGCAACCACGUCGUGCUCGGCGGGAGCCCGAGGAAGGGCGGGCAGGGAGGGGCAGCGGGAGGGAGUGUCGCGGCCAUGUUCAAGCGGCUGCAGGCCAAGGUCGAGGCCGGGCCUGUCGCGAGUGGGAGCGCGCACGGGGCCAAGGGCAAGGAGAAGGAGAAGGAGACGGGCGCCGAGGUGCGCGACAAGGGCCCGACGCAGUCGCUCAUCCUCGUCGACGAGGUCGACGUGCUCUUUCGAGGCGACGAGGACUUUUGGCAAGGCCUCAUCUCGCUCGCCCAGCAGUCGCGUCGCCCGAUCGUCAUGACCUGCACCAACUUCUCCAACGUUCCCUUCGACGAGCUCGGCCUGCAACAGGUCGUCACGUCCGCGACGACCUCUCCCGCCAACUUCCUCUCGUUCGCCGCACCUUCGCCCGAUGUCGCCGUCCCCUACCUCCAGCUCGUCGGCCUGCGCGAGGGUCACAUCCUCCCCUCCUCGACCGUCGACUCGCUCUACUCGGCCUUCUCGCGCUCGCGCCCGUACCCGGCGUGGCUCACGCAGCAGGAGCCCGGCGAGCGACCCCUCCCGCAUCCGCUGUCGAGCAUGCCGCUCCCGAGCGACGACCUGCGCAAGGCGCUCAUGCAGCUCCAGUUCGAGUGCGCGUGGGGCGUGCCGGGAGCCACGAGCGGCGAGGAGUCGGACGGCGCGCUCGUCGAGGACGAGACCGCGUGGUGCGAGGGGGCGCUGCGCGUGCCAAUCAGCGCCGAGGGCGACGACGGCCGGUCGGGCACGCAGGCUGUCUUGAAUGGCACGACGGGGGAGUCGGACGGGGCUGGUGGACGGGACGGCAAGGCGCUCGAGCGUGCGGCGCUGGCCGCCGACGCACUUUCUUUCGCCGACGCCCACGUCGCUCGGCGCAUCUCGGCACUCAUCGAGGACGAGGAGACGGGCCGCUUCAUCACGCCGGGCGACGCCGAGGCGUCCUUCCCGGUGCUCGAGUACGUCCUGCGCGAGGACACGCAGCGCAUUCCUUUCGUCGGCGCCGAGCCGGACAUGGUGCAGGCGAUCGACUCGCUCGCGUUCGGCCUGUGGGAGGGCGUGACUCGCUUCGGUCCUCUCGAGGACGAGGAGCUCGAGUCGAAGCGGUCCGACUUUACCUUCCGCCUCGGCCAACUCGUCCACUCGGGCGGCGACAACGCCCUCCUACAGCCGCCCGACCCGAUCCUCCCCAGCUCCUCCGUCACGACCGACUACCGCCCCUACCUGCGCAGCAUCACCCUCGCCGACGACGACCGCCUCGCCGCCUCGGCGUUCGCGAGCGCUAGCGCCGCCGACGAUGGCGGCCCGAGCGAGGUGCACGCGCUCGGCAUGGCGGCCUCGCUCGCCGCCGCGGCCGGGCCCGGCGGCGCCGGCGCGCGCAAGCAGCGCAAGUCGGCGCGGCAGAAGGCGCAGAAGGGCGAGCCAAUGUACGAGCGCGUGCUUGGGUGGGCGAGCGAGGUCGAGGCCGACUGGCUUCGCGCGAGCGGGUUUGAGUAGCUGAGUGGGGCGCUUGAUCUAGCAGACGCAAUGGGCUUGUCGACGGUGACUCG